UCGGAUGUAGAUCCAACGGUGGACAUUAGAGUCUUAGUCUCUCCAUUUUCAGCAGUAGAAAACAUUGAUAAAUAUAAAUAGAAAAAAAAAGAGGGGGGUCCGUAGUCCCGUAGUCCGUUCCAAUAUUUCAGUUUUCAAAGAUUUCAAAACACAUCUCUCUCUCUUUCUUCUCAAAACAUCUCUGCACUUUCCUUUAAUUUCUCCCUCUUCUUGUCGAGCCCUCUUUUUCUCUCACCUUCACACUCUCUUCUUCUGUGAUAUGUCGCCGGCACCCGUAACCGCCGAGGCAUACGUCAAGCGAAUCUCCAGAUACCGGAAAUAGUCUUCCCCCUCUCUCUCUCUCUCUAUUUCUGUCUGUCUGUCUGUCUGUCUGUCUGUCUGGAGUGAUUUAGGUUUAAUUGUUGGUUAAACAAAGAGGAAACAAAUGGAGGGUCAAGGGAAGCUGACUCGGAGUCACUCAUCCCUUCUUCGCUCGUCUCCUACCAUCCGAUCGUCGAUCCAAAGCUUAUCAUCGAUUGCAGAUAUGUCGGAUUCCGACGACCUUGAACGGAAAGUACACCGCAACUCAUCAUAUUUUAACCCUACUAAAACUAGUAGUAAUACUUACAAUAAUACUCGCUUCAUUUCUCUGCUCAUCUUUAUAACCCUCAUACUCAUCUUCAUUUACUUCAAAACUGAUGAAAUUUCUACCUCAGAGAAUCUGUUGUUAGCCCUCAUUUUCAUCGCAGUCGUCCUUUUCUACCUGGGUAAGAACCGGGAUUUGUUAGACCGCUCUAAAUCCUUGCUAAGGAACUUGUACAGACACAAACACACACACAGGAAAGGCUCCAAAUCGGUCCAGUGGUACAUCGGGGAUGAAUCUGGGGAAAGAGACAGUGAACACAGGAGGAAAGAAGAAGAAGAGAGGAAAAUGAUGAUGAUUUCAGGUAUAAAGGAAGGAGUAGAGCUGUAUAGCAAUGGUGAUUUCUACGAAGGAGAAUUUCACAAGGGUAAAAGUAAUGGAAGUGGAGUUUACAAUUACUUUGUAAAUGGAAGGUAUGAAGGUGAUUGGGUAGAUGGUAAGUAUGAUGGGUAUGGAAUAGAAAGCUGGGCGAGAGGAAGUAGAUAUAGAGGUCAAUAUAGAGCUGGUUUAAGACAUGGUUUUGGUGUUUAUAGGUUUUAUACUGGUGAUACUUUUGCUGGUGAAUGGUUUCAUGGUCAAUAUCAUGGUGUUGGGGUUCAGACUUGCUCGGAUGCUAGUUGCUAUGUUGGCCAUUUCAAAUUUGGGGUUAAACAUGCUCUUGGUUGUUACCAUUUCAGAAAUGGUGAUAGAAAUGGUGAUAGGUACGCUGGGGAAUAUUUUGGUGACAAAAUUCACGGGUUUGGUGUGUACCACUUCGCAAAUGGACAUUGUUAUGAGGGGUCCUGGCAUGAAGGGCGUAAGCAAGGGUUUGGGAUGUACACCUUCCGAAAUGGGGAAGCCAAAUGUGGUGAAUGGGACAGUGGUUCCCUCAAAACACCCUUACCAUCACUAACAGAUUCUGUCCUACGAGCGGUUCAGGCAGCUAGAAAAGCGUCUGAGAAUGCAAUUAACAUAAGGCGGGUGGAUGAACAAGUGAACAAGGCAGUGAUGGCUGCUAAUCGAGCAGCAACUGCUGCAAGAGUAGCUGCUGUCAAAGCAGUUCAGAAUAGGAUGGAUGGAAAAUCUUAUGAUACAUAUGUGUAGUACUACUCCGUAUUCCGUAACUAGUAAGAUAGGCAGGCUAAAAUUGGGUUUGCCCAUAGAAAAUGUACAUUUUUUGCCAAAAUUUUCUCGACAAGUUUGGAUGACCCUGGUCAGCACAAGCUAGCCGGAGGUAGAGAGAUAGAUCAUAGGUUUGAGGGGUGUUUAAUUUGUGAUGACACAGUCUGUAGUUUGUAGUCUGUAAUCUCUAGUCUGUAGUCUGUAGUCUGUAGUCUGUAGUCUGUAACAUGUAUAUAAAUCUGAAAAUGUAGAUUAAAGAGAGCUGAAUAUUUCUGUGAUAGAUAAAUGGAUAAGUAUUAAGUAUUGAAUUGUUGUAUAGCUUACAUUA